AUGUCGAGCGAACCUAUUAGUGUUUUAUUUGUAUGCUUGGGCAACAUUUGCCGUUCUCCUAUGGCCGAAGCUGUCUUUGCUCACAUCGUAAAACAGCACAACCUUCAAGACAAAAUCACCAAGAUAGAUUCUGCUGGUACUGCUUCUUAUCAUGUGGGCAGUGUUCCCGAUAGCCGUAGUUCCUCAUGCUGUAAGGCUCAUGGCGUGCCCGUCAAGCACAAGGCUAGAAAGGUCUCCAGAAAGGAUUUUGACGAUUUUGAUUAUGUGCUUUGCAUGGAUGAAUCUAAUUUGAGCGAUUUGAAGAGACUUGCACCUAAAGGUUCAAAGGCAGUUGUCAGAUUAUUUGGCGAAUACGAUCCUCAAGGCGAGCUCAUCAUCGAGGAUCCCUACUAUGGCGGAAAUGAUGGAUUUGAGCAUAACUUUAGACAAGUGACUAGAGCCAGUGAAGGAUUGUUAAAAUCAUUGGGAUUGCUUUAG